AUGUCAGUCGACAAUGAUGUGGCUGUAAUUCUUGGUCUUUUGACAAAUGGUCUUCUAAUGACAGAAAUGACUAUGAGUAAUCACGAUGACUUAGAGUUUCGAAUAGUCCUAAGAAAUGGUGGCUCUACUACAAGUGUGACUAUCAUUGUACCUGUUUAUCUUCCAAUAGUACUUUCUGUGGAUCAUGCUGACCCUGAUCAGUCAAUCACAGCUUGUGUCAUAUUUGGAGAGAGCGGGGGAGAGCGGGGCGGUGGAGACGGUGGUAGGGUUUUAGAAGAAAACUUUCUUGUUGAUGGGAAGGACAGCGGAAACCUUGAUCCAGGUUUGAUAGAUGAGGCUUCGAAGGGCAAGAAUGUUAUGGAGGCCAGUGAAAAAUCUGGUUUGGACCAAAACAAAGUGUCAGGAGGCGCCAUGGAGAUUGAAAGGCAAGGAGCAACUCAGGACAUGGAAGAUGGAAAAAAGAAGGUAAAGGACAAGGAACCUUUCAAGGUCUCUUUUCGAGACAAAGUAGUAGGAGAAGCGUCGGCUAGUUUCUCUCACGGAGUGGACGCUCUUGAUAAGGACAAAAUGGCAACCAUUAUUGAUGGAGAGAUACCUAGUGUGGUUUUUUCGGAGGAAGCUAGAAUGAUCCUAUCUGCUCCAUACAAGGAUGCCAUUAUCAUUAAAGUCCUCGGCAAAACCUUUAGCUACUCCGCCAUUACACAUAAGUUAAGAGGAGUUUGGAGAACCAGAGGAAGAUAUGAAGUGUUAGAUGUUGGUUUUGGAUAUUUUCUCAUCAAGUUUGAUUUACGGGAGGAUAGAGAGCGCGUGCUACUUGGAGGGCCAUGGAUGAUUGCUGGUAAUUAUGUGGCGGUUAAGCCGUGGUGUUCGUCGUUCCGCCCAUGUGAUGACACUUUUGGAUCCACUCUAGUCUGGAUCAAAGUCACAGGCCUUAACAUAUGGUAUUAUAGUGAGAAGGCUAUCUUGAAUAUAGCUAGAACAUUGGGGAAGCCGAUCAAGGUUGACUUAGCCACCAAAUCGGCUAAGCGCGGAAAGUAUGCACGUGCAUGCAUUCAAAUUGAUCUGGGGCAGCCUGUGAAACGAAAAAUCAUGGUAGAUGGUUUUGAGUACAACAUCGAAUAUGAGAAUUUGCAUCUCAUUUGUGAUAAAUGCAAUUGUUUUGGGCAUGUGACUAGAGAUUAUGGAGAGACAGAAAAGCAGGUGGUUCGAGCACCACUAGAAAGCUUGAAUGUAUCACAAGAAGAAGACAGAGGAGCAGAAGUCGGAGAGAAGCCGGUAAACACCGCGGAAAGACCGCCGGAGAAGGCAAAAAUUCAGGAAAGGCCACCGGAGAAUGCGAAAAUUCAGGAAUUCAAAUUUCAAAAUAGUGAAACUGAAGAUUCGCUGAAUAUGGCAAGUGAGAAUUUUGUGGGUGGGACGUUGCAUGCAUCUUUGGAAGGAAAUCAUGCAUUUAAUGAUGGGGGUUGGACUAAGGUCACCAAGAGGCCAUCUUUGGGUAAGGAUGAAGCCAAGAAAAAUUCUCCAAAGCCCAAAGAAGUUAUCACAUGGACUACUUCUUCCUCUAGCGGUGCUACUGGAGUAAAGAAAGGGGGCACUGUCUCACAUGCUUCUACCCCACUGAUCAAGAUUAAUUACAAGAGGAGAAGACUUCCUUCACUUCAGAACUCACCGAAUGAACCGGUUGGAGGGGUCAAGCAUGGCGACGAUCAGAUGGAGGGUGGUGAUAUCCUGGAGGGAGAAAGGGACGGAAAGAAUUGGGUAUGCAGCGCAGUUUACGGUAGCCCCCAGUCGGCGAUUCGUGAAGAUUUGUGGGAACAUCUGUUGGCACUUGGAACUUCUAUACAAGACCCGUGGUUGAUAACAGGGGACUUUAAUGAAAUUUUGCAUUCUCAGGAAGUGAAAGGGGGCCACUUUAAUGUUAAUCGAAGUAAUUAUUUCUCUCACAUUUUGGAUUCGUGUAAUUUGUUUGAUCUGACAACAGUGGGUAGGAGUUUUACUUGGUUCAGGAAGGUUCAGGGGAACAAGGAGGUAGCCAAGAAGUUGGACAGAGCUUGUAGCAAUAGUAGUUGGAGAGUUAUGUUUCCUGAAGCGUUCACAGAGGUACUUAGUCGUUUGCAUUCUGACCACUGCCCUUUACUCACCAGAUGUCUUGGACUGCCAGUCAGGAAGGGCAGCAGACCGUUCAGGUUCCAAGCUGUAUGGGUUACUCAUCCAUCCUAUAAAAGUGUCGUCUAUAAAGCCUGGAAUGGCAACAACACACACAUUCAUGGCAAGCUUAGAAAGGUGCAAGAGGCUUCUCUGAAGUUCAAUUCUCGUGUCUUUGGGAACAUUUUUAUUAAGAAAAGGUCUCUAAAAAGCAAGCUUAAUGAUCUCCAAAAAAGAUUAGAAUUUUGUGAUGAUGUAGUUGUCAAAGAAGAGGAACAAAGGUGCAGGGAUGAUUUUAAUUCGGUCCUUCUUCAAGAAGAGAUACUCUGGUUCCAGAAAUCUAGGGAGCAAUGGGUUAGGUAUGGUGACAAAAAUACAAAGUUUUUCCACAUGCAGACCAUCAUUAGAAGGAAAGCAAACAAAAUUCAUGGCCUUUUUGUGAGCGAUGGAUCUUGGUCUUCAGAUCCGAAUCUUCUUCAACAAGAGGCACUAAGUUUUUAUAAAGAUCUUUUUUGCUCAACCGACCCGGUGGAGGUAAACUGUAUGGGUGAUUUUCCAAGACCUUCUCUUAGUAGUGAAGCUUGUGAGAGCCUAAUUAAGCCAGUGUCAAUGUUGGAGGUUAAAUCUGCAGUGGACAGCAUGAGCCCUUUCAAAGCUCCAGGGCCGGACGGAUUCCAAGCAUUCUUUUUUAAAGAAUAUUGGGAUGUUGACUCCCCAAGCAGAAUGAAGGACUUUCGACCAAUCAGUCUCUGCAACGUCGUGUACAAGAUAGUAACUAAGGUGCUGGGAGGAUUCAUUCCUGGUAGAGGAGCUCCUGACAACAUCAUAGUAGCGCAAGAAGUCCUUCAUUUCUUGAAGAGAACGAAAUCAAAAAAGGGUGCUAUUGCUUUUAAGAUAGAUCUAGAGAAGGCAUCAUCUCUUUCGAUAUUGUGGAAUGGGAAUAGGUUGGAGAGUUUUCAGCCCAAUAGAGGGUUGCGACAAGGAGACUCCAUAUCACCGUAUUUGUUUGUUCUUUGUAUGGAAAUGCUAGCUUGCUUUAUAUCUAAUCAAGUGGAGUUGGGGGCUUGGGACCCGGUUGCUGUCUCUCGGGGAGGCAUGAAGGUGAACAUAGAUAAGUCCAAAGCUGUUUGUUCGAAGAGCGUGUCCAAUACUCGUAGAAAUGUUCUGGCUGGUGUAUCUUCUAUCAGAUUUGCUAAUGAGUUAGGCAAGUACUUGGGGGUCAACAUCAACCAUCCGCGGGCAUCUCGAACGGCUUGCCUGGAGGCGGUGGAGAAAAUAAAAAGCAGAUUGUCUAGCUGGAAGGGUCGGCUGCUUAAUAGGGCCGGCAGAUUAUGUCUUAUAAAAUAUGUGGCAACGUCUCUACCUAUAUAUCAAAUGCAGGUCUCCCUCUUCCCCAAAAAAGCGUGUUCUAAGAUUGAUUUUGUUCUUCGUAAUUUCUUGUGGAAAGGAAAGACAGAUGAGCGGGGCUUAAACUUGUUGAAUUGGAGUACUGUGAUCACGCCCAAGAGGUAUGGGGGCCUUGGUGUUCGCGACACUCAAUGUGUUAAUACUGCCCUCCUUGGUAAACUAGUUUGGCAACUCUUCCAUGGUAAAAACAAAUUAUGGGUGCGCAUUAUGCUAGCUAAAUAUGUUCAAGGAAGUUUGGGGCUGGAUCUUCAAUGCCCUACGCAAUCUUCGAGCAUAUGGCGCAACAUCACAAAGACAGCUAGUAGGCUUAAACAUGGCUAUGUUUGGUGCAUUGACACUGAUCUCUCUUUAGGUGAUAUAUGGUUUGGGGGAAUUUGGAAUUUUGAUCAUCUUUAUACUGUGUUGCCUGAGACCCUAAAACUAGAUAUUACAACUUACAACCCUAUAGUGCAGGCAGGUUGUGAUCCGAACUGGUGUUGGGGAUCUAAUGCCUCAAAGACUUACUCAACAAGGGAUGGUUAUGAAUGGCUCCUUGAAAGAAAGGUUGCAUGGGAUACUAAUGAGAAUUGGUUGUGGCUUUGGCAUUUAGGAAUACCUAAGAAGGUCAAGGGGUUGAUUUGGCUCAUCUUGCAUGGGGCCAUCCCCACUGCCAGCCUUCGUUACCGAAGACGCUUAACAGCAACGGAUCUUUGCCCCAGAUGCAAUGAAGCACCAGAAUCUGUUGAACAUUGCCUCAGACUUUGUAAUAAAGUGAGCCCGAUUUGGGAGAGCUUGAAGGUGGGAAUGCAAACUUGGGAUGUCGCCUUGGAUUUUCAAAGUUGGCUUCGUAUAAAACUUCGGACCAAUGAAGGGAUUUUUGCAGUAGGUCUUUGGUGGAUUUGGAGGGAUAGAAACAAUGAUAUCUUUAAUCAGAAUGACAUUUGGAGCAAGGAAAAAGUUCUCCAGCUUAUCAGGCACUCUGCAGCCGAGUAUGCUGCAAUCAAGCGUUCUAAUCAGGAUCCAUACCAGAUGCGGAGAGAAUACACAGACCUCCUUUUGAAGAUUUCUGAGAUCCUGCAGCGUAAUUGGGUGGUUCAAGUUCAAUUGAUUCAACGAACAGCGAAUUCGGUAGCUGACCGUUUAGCUAAGACAGCGGCUAGGCAUUCUCGUCCUUACACUGAAUUUUUAAUUCCUUGUAGUGUUAUUGAUCAGAUCAUUAGGAAGGAGAUGAUAUCUCCAUCUUAG